GCCAGAUGCACGUUGUGCAAUGUAAUCCUUCACCAGUCCUGCUGUCCAAACUCAGUGCAAAAUUCCAAGGUCCAACUUCAGUUAGUGAUCUGUCCCAACCAGAGACAGUCCUUUCUGACCAAGUCCGCAGAUCAGUAAUUGAACAUCACUCAUAAAGAUGGGAGAUUGGGGAUUCCUUUCAGCCUUGCUGGACAAGGUCCAGUCCCACUCCACGGUCAUUGGGAAGAUCUGGAUGAGUGUCCUCUUCCUGUUCAGGAUCAUGGUUUUGGGUGCAGGUGCUGAGAGCGUGUGGGGUGAUGAGCAGUCGGGUUUCAUCUGUAACACUCAGCAGCCUGGUUGUGAGAACGUCUGCUACGACUGGACCUUCCCCAUCUCACACAUUCGCUUCUGGGUCCUCCAGAUCAUCUUUGUCGCCACGCCAACGCUGGUCUACCUGGGCCACGCCAUGCACGUCAUCCACAAGGAAAAUAAGCUGAGGGAGCAGCUGUCGAGCCCCGGUGGGAGCCGGUUGAGUAAAGUGCCCAAAUACACAGAUGAAAAGGGAAAGGUGAAGAUCAAGGGGAACCUGCUGGGAAGCUACCUGACUCAGCUCGUGGCUAAGAUCAUCGUUGAGUCUGCUUUCAUAGUGGGCCAGUACUAUCUGUAUGGCUUUGUCAUGGUCCCCAUGUUCCCCUGCUCUAAGAAGCCCUGUCCCUUCACUGUCGAGUGCUACAUGUCCCGACCCACAGAGAAGACCAUAUUUAUUAUCUUUAUGCUGGUGGUGGCCUGCGUCUCUCUGCUCCUCAACAUCGUUGAGAUGUUCUACCUGAUUUGUACCAGGGUCAGGUGUGGGUCCAAGCAGCGCAGACACAAGAUUACAUCAGCAGAAAACCCUGCGGGCCUGUCAGCUCCCAGGUGGCCGACUGCAGAUGAAGCACUCAAGCAGAACAAGAUGAACAUGGAGCGAGAGAGCAGUCGCAGUAUCGGAGGAAGCCUGGACGGAGCCAAAGAGGAGAAACAACUACUGAGUGGUCACUAAAAAAAUAAAAAAAAAGAUUUGACCAUUAAAAUAUUUUUAUCAUGUUUCAGAUUUUCCAUCGUGGUUUCUGGUUCAAAUACAUCUAAGAGACUGAAGUAAAGAUUUUUUUUACUACAUGGUGUACAUGUUAUGUGAGAAUAUAAAAGGGGCCACUUUGUUGGAAUUUUACAUUCAUUUUGUUUUGUUUUUUUAAUGAAAAUCGAACAAUGGAAGGCGUGCAAUAGUGAUAAUGUAUUUAUCUGUGACUGAGCAGAAUUUUGUCUAGUCAGUUGAUGAAUUUGUCCUCUAAGUUAUUGUCAUGUUCAUUAUCUGGGACUUGAAAUAAUUUCCUUACUAAAUGAUGAUGAUGAUAUUGAUGAUGAUUGUGGUGAAGAGUCUGUCUCUGCUGAUAUGGUAGAUACAUUUCUGUAUGCUUUGUUGUUUUUAAUAAAGUUUAAAAAAAAGUUGGACAAAAAA